CGAGCCAGACAAACGGUGAAACCUGAACCGGGUCGAGGGAGAGAUUUCAGCCGACAAGUUGAGCCUAGCCACGGCGAUGGUGGCUGUGACUUCGUUCGAAUUGGCCAGCCCCCCUGCCCCAGCCCCAGCCCCUCCCCCCUUCCCCUUCCCCCUUGCAAUUUGGAACCCCGAGGCCUCGAAUGAUCAAUCAAUCUGCUCUCCAGCUUCUUCUUGAUAAUAAGCCCUGGAAGACGGGGGCUGUUAUAAAGAUCCGCCGGCCGUGCCUGCCUGCCCGCAACAAGCCAGUGCUAGAAGCAGAGCGCGAGAGGAGGACCCUGGCCGUGGGGAGGAGGGGUACGGGUGUACUGCAGCGUAUCAGCAGCAGCAGCAGCAGCCCCCAGUGAAGCGAGUUCAUAUCUCCUCCGUGGUAGCUGGACGUGGCAGCAGCCCCGAGCGAGCCCCCGAGCAGAGCAGAGCCGAGCACACCGCGGCCCCCGUCUAGAGGCCAGGCAGCAGCAGCAAAAAGGCAGCGAGUAAUCGAUUCUCGCGAUUGUUGGUGCUUGGAGCUUUGCUGCUUCUGGUCUCGAGAGAGGAAGCAGUCGGACGAAGAGAGACUGAGAGAGAUAGAUAGAGAGAGAGGGGAGCUCCGAGGAAGCACGUCGUGUUUGUCUGGAGGGAGCGAAAAUGGGCUCCGAGGGACCAGCUCCUGCUGUCACGGACUUGAAGUUGGAGAUGGUGGGGGAGCCCGAGACGAUCGUGCCCGCCUCGGCGACCGACACUUCGCCGGUGUUUCUGUCGAACAUUGAUCAGGUGGUGGUCAUUCCGGUCGAGACGGUGUAUUUCUACCCUGCCAAUCCCGAGAAAGGGCUCGACAAGCUGGUGGACACUCUGAGAGAUGCCCUGGCCAAGGUUCUGGUGCCCUACCACUUCAUGGCCGGUCGUCUGCAGAUGAACACGGAGGAAAUGCGACUGCAAAUCGACUGCAACAGGGCCGGAGCGCAAUUUACCCACUACACGAGCGGUGUCGCCAUCGCGGACCUCGGUGAUGUCACCCUGCCGAAUCCUGCAUUCCGUGGCUUGGUGCCCACCAAGUUCAACGCCACCGUCGUCUUCGAACUCCCCUUGCUCGCCAUUCAGGUGACGACGUUCAAAUGCGGGGGAUAUACAGUGGGCGUGAUGAUGAACCACACGCUGUUCGACGGGCCCGGAGCCAUCGGGUUCUUCAUGAAUUACACGGCGCUGGCGAGGGGCGAGGAGUUGCUGUACGAGCCGGACUUCGACAGGACGCCUCUCAAGGCCCGGGACCCGCCGACCCCGACGCACGAGCACUUCGAGUUCUUCAAGCUGAGCGAUCUGACGGGAACGGACAAUCCAUUCACGACGCCGGGCUCGGCCGAGGCCGAGUACGUCGCGAUGCAGAACUCCAUGGACCACGUGACGAGAGUGAUCCCGUUCACGCCCGAGAUGAUCGAGAUUCUGAAGAAGCGGGCGCUGGAGGGCGACACCAUCAAGAGGGUGUCGACAUUCGAGGCCGUGGCGGCGCACCUGUGGCUGGCCCGGACCAAGUCCGUGGACUUGAUGCCCGACAUGCCCACGAAUCUGCUGUUCGCCGUGGACAUUCGCCGCAGGAUGAAGCCCCCGCUCAGCAAGCAUUUCGCCGGAAACGGAGUGUUCUCGUCGUGCGCCCGAGCCACUCCCGAGGAGAUCGAGAAGAUGAGCUUCGUGGAGGCGGUGCAGCACAUCCAGAAGGCAAUUGAGCGAGUCACGGACGACUACGUCCGCUCGUCCAUCGACUGGGGCCAGAUCAACAGAGGAGUCCCUGCGCUCUUCGGCGGAUUCUUCCUCUCCGCCUGGUGGAAAAUGCCCUUCUACGAAAUUGACUAUGGCUGGGGGAAGCCCAUCUACGCAGGCCCCAUCGUCACCCCCCUCAUCGAAUUCGUCCUACUCCUCUCGAACGGAACUCAGGAUGGCGGCCUCAACCUCGUCAUUGCCUUGGAACCCGAGCAGAUGGCCAGAUUCGAAGAAAAUGUCAAAAUCACCGCCUAGAAAUUUGUCAUGAAGACGGUUCCAUUCUUCUCCAGCAGAGUCAUACCGACGGAACGAGAAAUCCAAGGAAAACUGCCUUUCUUACGUCCGGUGUUGAACUUGCACAGCCCCCGUUUGGAUCUGAACCCUCGUGUCAUGGUCAGUAUCCAGGCCCGGACUCAGAGCAGAUGAAGAAGUAAGUGUAGUAACAGUUGUAGGUUUGUAGCUCAUUCAAGUCUAUCCGCGAUCGUGGGGCUAGUGCUGUUGGCUCUCCUGUGUCAUCCUGAAACGAAUGACUGAUUGGCGUAGUAUUCCAGAAUAUCGAGGCUUUCUACCUAUGGCAGAUUUGUUAGUGAUUAUUGGAAACAUUGUAUAGAGAUGUAUAAACCUCUUUAAUGGAAAGUCGUCCCCAAAACUGCUAGCCACGGGGGGUGAUUAGUUCUUGGCCAUCUGACGAGUCCUUGCCUUUCCCAUCUUUCUGGUCACCGCGUUUCCAAUUAUUGAUGAGAACGUGGGUGUGCCUCGGUGUUCUCAAGCUCCUGACAUACAAUCAUGUUUCCCAGCUCGCGGCCCUACGGUUACUUCUGUCAUU